AUGGGUGUCGCCCACAAGUAUCCAUCUCAAGGUUCUGUAUCGGUCAAUCUCAAGUGCUGCAAGAGGCUGCAAACGAAGGAUGCGAAAGAGCUAUCAUCUCCCCUCGUUGUCACCUCCCGCCAUGCUCACCUCUCCUUCCAUUCAAGCUCAGUGCUUCUCCCUUCCCCUCUGAAGUCCGUCUACUCCUCGACGCAUGCGAAGAUCGAUACGCAAGCAUGCUCUGUCCAACUCAGAACGGAGCGCGCCCACAUCACACACACAAUUGUCUGCUUCAAGCUUCACAACAACCAGCCUCGCCAACUCAAUGCCAACACGCACCGAGGACCUUGCGACCUUAUUGUCUCUCCUGCAGCUUCGACGUCAAUGUUGUAUUAUGCGCCCACUCCUGCGGCUCGCACUGCCCAAGGUGGGCGCCCUCCGAGCAUGCCACCGCUUCUCAAGACCACACCGCCUCUAGAGAUCCCACUGCCUUACAAGACCUCACUGCCUCCGCAGAGCUGUGGGUCCAGCGUCCGGGUGAACCUACCAAACGCAAAAUUACCGUAUGCGGAAUAUGAACCGGACCAGGGCAGAAAUCGAGAAGCCGUCAAGCUACGCGUACCUCCGUCCAUCUCAGACGAACUUUUGCCCCCACGCAUCGCCCUACCUGUCGCCAUUCGCAAACAAGCUCUUGUCGGGAACAGCAAGAAGAGGAUCAUUGAGCUGCCCUUCUCCGAUGACCGACAUUCCCAAUUGCUGAAGACGCUCGCACGACGAUCUUCGCAGCCGACGCCUGACUAUCUCGACAAGGACGAGUACAUGUACCGGCCGAUCAAGAUGCUCGCCCUGCAGGUGCUUGACGUGGACGCCCUUGGCUGA